UCCCUUCCCGGGGCGGCCGCCGUCUCUCGCGCCGUUGCAUGGCCAAGGCGGGGGGUCCCCAGGGGGAGCCCCCCAACGCCGGGCUGGACCAGGACAAGUACGACGCGGCGGAGAACGUGAAGAUCAUCUGCCUGGGCGACAGCGCCGUCGGCAAGUCCAAAUUGAUGGAACGCUUCCUCAUGGAGGGAUUCAAACCACAGCAGCUCUCGACCUUCGCCCUGACCCUCUACAAGUACACAGCCACCGUGGACGGCAAGACGGUUCUUGUGGACUUCUGGGACACGGCCGGCCAGGAGCGUUUCCAGAGCCUGCACCCGUCCUACUAUCACAAGGCCCAUGCUUGCAUCAUGGUCUUUGAUGUCCAGAGGAAGGUCACCUACAAGAACCUGACCAACUGGUAUAAGGAGCUGCGUGAAUUCCGGCCUCAAAUCCCUUGUAUCGUCGUGGCCAACAAAAUAGAUGCCGACCUGAAGGCCACGCAGAAAAGUUUCAACUUUCCCAAGAAGCUCAACCUGCCUCUCUACUUCGUGUCUGCAGCAGAUGGCACCAACGUUGUGAAGCUCUUCAGCGAUGCCAUCAAGCUGGCCGUGGCCUACAAGCAGAACUCGGGGGAUUUUAUGGAUGAAGUCCUGAAGGAGCUGGAGAAUUUUGAGCUAGAGGCGAAGGAGGAGGACUCCCCCGCAGAGGAGGCCAGUCAAGGGGAGACUUCCCCGGUCCACCUGAGCCCCGGGAACGAGUAACCGUGGGCUGCCCACACCUGCACGGAGACCGUGGGCAGCCCUCCCUGCUCAGCGGAGGCCGCCAGGGACCUCCGAGAAGGCCAGCAGAUGGAGGUCAGCUCUGCUGCCCUGGGAGGAGGCGGAGGGCGGACCAGGCUUCCUAGCCCAGAGAGGAGGGGCUGCCGGCUCUGGUAGAGACCUCGAGGCUCAACAAGGCCCCCGUUGCACUUCUAGAAGGACCCUUAGUCUCUGUUGUUGUUGUUGUUGUUGCAAAGAUUCCACCUGGAGAAAUAAAUUUUGGAAGUCUGGAAA